AGGUUCAGAAUGGAACACCCGGAGCCCGACCGAAGACAGCUAUUGGCUGCAGAAAGCAACGGCUCCCAGGGCUGAAAGCAGAAGCCCCACCCCAGUUCGCCUGCUACCCGCUAGUUCCUGGCGGGAUCGAACGUGACCUUGUUUUGUGGUUGCUAGGAGACCUGGCUCCCGUACGCCCCCCCUGGCCCGCUCCGGGACCAAAGCUGAAAGGGGGCGGGGCCGCGGCAGGUUCGGGAAGCGGUCGGAGAAGCACCGUUAGGACGGCCUCGCCCGGGGCGCCCGCCCGGCGCCUCCCGAAGCGGCGUCCGGGCCCCUGCCACCGUCCAGGGCUAGCUGGUGCCCUCCAGAGCGGCUGUGAGCGAUGUGGGGUCUGGAAGAGACUUGGACGGUUUGUCAGCAGUUUCAUAGCUGGAUCCCUUAGGAGGAGAAGUUGUAAAGCAGUAAGAAGAAAGCGUUUCAAUUUGGAACACUUUGUUGCAAACUGGAAAUGGGGAAUGGACUGUCAGACCAGACUUCUAUCCUGUCCAGCCUGCCUUCGUUUCAGUCCUACCACAUUGUUAUUCUUGGUUUGGACUGUGCUGGAAAGACAACUGUAUUGUAUAGGCUGCAGUUCAACGAAUUUGUAAAUACCGUACCUACCAAAGGAUUUAACACCGAAAAAAUUAAGGUAACCUUGGGAAAUUCUAAAACAGUCACUUUUCACUUCUGGGAUGUAGGUGGUCAGGAGAAAUUAAGACCACUGUGGAAGUCAUAUACCAGAUGCACAGAUGGCAUUGUGUUUGUUGUGGACUCUGUUGACGUUGAAAGGAUGGAAGAAGCGAAAACUGAACUUCACAAAAUAACUAGGAUAUCAGAAAAUCAAGGAGUCCCUGUACUUAUAGUUGCUAACAAACAAGACCUAAGGAACUCAUUGUCUCUCUCAGAAAUUGAGAAAUUGUUAGCAAUGGGUGAACUGAGCUCAUCAACUCCCUGGCAUUUGCAGCCCACCUGUGCAAUCAUAGGAGAUGGACUAAAGGAAGGACUUGAGAAACUACAUGAUAUGAUAAUUAAAAGAAGAAAAAUGUUGCGGCAACAGAAAAAGAAAAGAUGAAUGGUGAUACCGUUCAUAUCUGUGUGGAGUAGGUUUUCUGUGGUCUGAUUUUGACAAAUGGAAGAGUGUCUACAGCCUGGUUUGCCUGCCUGCCCUCCUGGAUGCUGUUAAAGCUUUGUUUUUCUGAACAGUCAGAUGCCCAACUCUGUUGCCUUGUGAAGAUGAGUAAAUGCAGUGCUUCUUAAAAUGGUCUCUUCUCCCUACCCCACAAAUCUUUUGGUACUACCAUUUUGGGAAGCCAAGCAAAGAUAGUAAAUUGACCAGAAAACAGUUGUGGAAAUUUGACCUGAAGUUAGUGAAAUAAAACUUUGAAGAAGAUUAUCUGUCUAGUAUUUUGUGCGUAUGUCUUCUUGGGGGAUGCCUUCACAAGGAAAUUGCUUACAAGGCUUUGUAUGUAUGUUAAGAUAAAUGUUAAUGAAUGGAAAUGUUAAGGUAGAUUAAUAUAUAUACAGUUAUAUUGAUCACAUUGGUCCACUCAGUAAGGGACAAGGAGGAAGUGUUUUGUUUUUUUAGUUUUUAGCCAAAUGAAUUUUGACAUUUUUUGCAAUAAAAUAAUGUAAUGCUAUAUCUGAAUUCUAGACAAUGUUUAAGUUGUUCUCCCGUAAAAUAAUAAAGUACUUGGGGCAUAUUCAAGUGCAUGGAUUAGUUUUCCUGAUGAAGCAUGUUUUGGUGUGUAGUCUUCUACUUUUCAGGAAUAGCUAUACAUCUUUCUAUACAGGUUUAAUAUACCUUUUCAGGGGGGGUUAUUUAGAAAUAGUUUGUUAUCAGAAGCACUUUCACUGGGAGAACCUGAAAUAAUUUACUUAACUCUUUCAUAUAGUAAGUUUGGGCAUGUAGACUAAUCAUAAAUGCUUAUGUUUGGAUGUAUGUCUGGAUUUCUGAAGAAAGCAAUUGAUGAAUUCAGACAAGAGGAUGUAAUUACAAUACAUGGUCUCUAAAGCAUUCCAGUUGUAAAAUGUUUUAUUAAUAUUUGCUGGCUAAACACAGAUGUGGUUUUUCAUAUAUUUUUGUAGUGUUUUGAGAGAAGCAAAAGCUUUAUAAACAGCACCCGAGGCACUGUGGAGUGAAAAUGUACGAGAUACCGUAUAUUAUGCUCUGAGCUUUAAUUUUUUGUUUACAAACUGAACAGUGUUACACAGGCAGUCCAGCCCUGGUUAUAAAUAGGAAGAAAUGAUACAGUAUUGCAGAAAAGAAUUAGGAUUAUUGAAAAUGAAGGGGAAAGUAGCAAAGCUAUGUUUUGUGAAAAGUCACUGGUGCUGUUUACAUUGGAAUCCAAAACGCUAUAAA